UCUGUGCUAUAUAUGCAGCGCCAGCUUCCGAUGGAUCCUUUGCUGCUCUGAUCAUUUUCUCGCAAAACCUUUUGAUAUCGCCUGUCCCCACCAUAUUUACACUUCAGUGUUCGUUUCCGCGCAUUUUGCCUGUUUUUCCGACUUAACAAUGUUCGACUCAAAAGCGCAGUUCACCGCGGUCAAUUUCCUGGGAUCGAAAGGCAUGAUGGUCUUGGGGAUUAUAGUUAUGGUUGCUGCUUUUAUAAAUUCCGUGAUCACCAUUGUCGCUAGCCGAAAUGGCCCACCUGAAUUAAUCUAUCCACGCACACCUGUAAACCCGUCUCUCGCCUCUUUUCUGUUCGUUAUGACGGUCAGUUUCCACUCCGAACAAGGCGGAUUCUUCGCGCGCCAAUGCACCAAGCACAUGACCUCCAAGCAUAUGUGGCUCAUGCGCGGUAUGUUCGGCUUGCUGGCUACGCUCUCCUUGGUGCUGCUGUUACGCACGUUCGAUUAUGCCCUGAUUAGUCCACGUGAGCCUAAUUACUUCCAAGAAAUACAAGCGCUCGACGACAAAGAGCAAGCAAUAAUGGAUAAGUUUAAAAAACAAAUCAAGGACAACAAUCCAGCGAGAGGUUUUGGAAAAGAUGCCGCAGCGCAUGGGCGCCAUGGGUGUUAACCACAAUGACACCGCUGCACUGCUUAAAAGCAAGUAUUACGAGCGGGCGGUGGCGCAGUAUCUCGGAAACUGGACGCAUGAAAUCGACGCCAUAAUGGAAGACAUCAGCAACCCCGCUAAAGCGCUGACCAGUAAAUAUAAUGACACGCUGGCGGACGCGAUACUGAAGGCCUGUCCGGAGUCCAUGCACAGCGUGGUUCUGGCUUUUUACGGACUGACUGCAUCUAUUUUCCUCUUCGAGUCGGUCUUUGCCGGACUGUUCUGGAGGCGUUUGGCCCCAUAUGGUGCGGAGUAUGAAAACAUCGCAGAUACUCCUAACUGCCACUGUUACGGCGGAAAACGUGGCUUUUGGGAUGAUCUAGAAUUCACGAGAUUGGCUCCAGCUGGUGGAAUUUGCAUCGAAUGCUCCUCGCGGGGUUGGCGUUCGUACAUUAUUUUCUUGAACGUAUUCAAUGCCCUUAUGGCGGGGGGCAUGAUGUUGGCCAUUUACUCUUUGGUCAUGUAAAUAGCCGGUAUUGUGCUGAUAUUAGAGCGGUUAAUGCUUUAUUAUUAGGGAACUCCAAAUGUGUUUAAAUCUUGAGUCCGAUGCCUUUGUUGUAGCUUCCCACUUUGCUUUUUUUGCCUCGCCAGUGAACUAUUUUUGCAAAUUCUGUUGCAGCUACUGUUAAUUCUCUGUUCAUUCUGUGUACAUCUCUCUGUACAGAAUGUUGACGUUGUACAGUGUACUAAUUACUACUAGUAUUACUAAUGAUUCGCGGUAACUACGUUCGUAUUGCUUAUUAUAAAUUGUGGCAGUUUAAUACGUAACAGUAAACUACAUGUAUUUUGCCUGCACUUUUGAAUACGCUGAUACAACUUGCUGUCUUUAUUGCCAAGUCUGUAUCUGUACAUGCUGGCAUGCAAAAGCAGCGCUGCGACGCUGCCGAAAAAUGCGCGCUGUUCUCAUCUU